UGUAAUCUAUCUGUAUGAUAUGUUUGCAAGUGUAUAUAUAGUGUUGGUACUAUUAAGACAUUUUACCACUACGCUGGAUCUCAAAAUAUGGGCUCCUUGCUUGAUUUCAUAACUAACAAAGUCCUUGGAGUUUCCACUGGCAGAAUGCUGGGGUAAGAAGCUCCUCCCAUUUCUCACUGCCUCCUCCAACUCUUAAAACCCUUCUGACUGCCUAGGAGCACACAAUCGAGGAUGCAAACCAUUGUGAGAGACAGCGACAAAAAGGUAACAACAGAGGUAAGGAUAACAGCUGGGGGAAGAAGCUGACAAGGAAACGCUCAGCUCUAAACUCUAAGGCUCUCAACUGCAGUGAACAGAACUGCAGAUCUGGCUCAUCUCCCUAGAACUUUGUCAUUGAACCAGUUGGCUUUGUUAAGUAGGUUGCUUUUAAAUGUUGAACCAAGACUUUGUAAACAAGGCUUGCAAUAAAGCCCAUGAGACUUUGGAAUUUGACUACUGAGGCAUUCUAUUCCAUUCCAGCUGGUUAUUAAAUUACCACUACCAUAGCGUUUAAAGCCCAUUACCUGACCACAACCUUACGACUCUCUCUUAUCUUUUGCCCCACUGAAAGCCACUGACUGACCAACUCUGUGACAGGAGACCAUGGCAAAGAAGGUGGCAGUGAUUGGAGCUGGCGUCAGUGGACUGAUCUCUCUGAAGUGCUGUGUGGAUGAGGGACUCGAGCCCACCUGCUUUGAGAGGACCGAAGAUAUUGGAGGACUAUGGAGGUUCAAAGAAAAUGUGGAAGAUGGCCGAGCGAGUAUCUACCAAUCUGUCAUCACCAACACCAGCAAAGAAAUGUCCUGUUUCAGUGACUUUCCAAUGCCUGAAGAUUUCCCAAACUUCCUGCACAAUUCUAAGCUCCUGGAGUAUUUCAGAAUCUUUGCCAAAAAGUUUGAUCUUCUAAAAUAUAUUCAGUUCCAGACAACCGUCCUCAGCGUGAAAAGAUGCCCGGAUUUCUCAUCCUCUGGCCAAUGGGAGGUUGUCACCGAGAGCAAAGGCAAUGAGCAAAGUGCCAUCUUCGAUGCAAUUAUGGUUUGCAGUGGCCAUCACAUCCUCCCUCGCAUCCCACUGGAGUCAUUUCCAGGUAUAGAGAAUUUCAAAGGCCAGUAUUUUCACAGCCGCCAAUACAAGAACCCAGACGGAUUUGAGGGGAAGCGAGUCCUGGUGAUUGGAAUAGGAAACUCAGCCUCAGAUAUUGCCGUUGAGCUGAGCAAGAAGGCUUCUCAGGUGUUUAUCAGUACCAGGCAAGGUUCAUGGGUCCUCAGCCGUAUCUCUGACUGUGGCUAUCCCUGGGACAUGGUGUUCCACACCCGGUUUCGCUCCAUGCUCCGAAAUGUCCUGCCACGAACAGUUCAAAAAUGGAUGUCAGAACGGCAGAUGAAUCAGUGGUUCCACCAUGAAAAUUAUGGCCUUGAGCCUCAAAACAAGUAG